AUGAAAAUCUGGGAAAAGUACCUUGAACGUAAGCGCACACUUUACCAUGCCAAGUAUCAAACCCCUCAGCAACUGUUCGACGAUGCGUGCGACAUAGUGAUCAAGUGUUUUGCUGUAUGCGGUGGCGAAAGGAUGAAACCGGGCUACACACGCCGCAAUGCACGGUUGAUCUUCCUGGUGACGGAUCUCAUUCUGUAUCUGUUCGUAAACCUCUACUCGAUCGCGAUCGUUUGGGGAUCGCUGAUGGAUGUUGUGUUUUGCUUUGUUACGCUGGGAAUCGCCAUACAGGGUCUGGCAAAGAUUGAAGCCUUCACCUGUCCGGAGCUGAACGAUCUGCAUCUGUACAAUGUGGCACGGUUCAAAGCGCCCCCUCGCUUCCCGGAAGUUGACGAGGCACUCUUCCACACCGCCACCAUGUGUAUGGUGUUUAUACGCAUAUUCGCCGUAGCGUUCUCGAUCGUCGCCAUUGCCAUCUACUCGUACGCCAUCCUGAUGCCUUUGAUCGAGCACGAACUAUCGCUCGCCUUUGGGUUUUAUCUGCCGUUUGUUGAUUAUCGCACGCCGGUCGGCUUUGCCAUCAACUGGGUGUAUCAGUUUGUGCAGGUGCUGGAAGGAUGUAUUGGGCUGAUGGCGUGCGACUCCUGUCUGCUGGUACUGAUCAUGAAUGCUACCGGACAGAUGGACGUUGUCAUUGUCUAUCUGAAGCAGCUGACGCUACUGAUAGAUAGUAAUCACACUGGACAAAAUGAUGACGAAAUUGCAGAUAUUAUAAAAGAAAUUGUGCUCAAACAUUUAGAACACACCAAGUACAUGACGGACAUGGAUAAGCUUCUCAAAAAGCAGUUCUUCAUCAACUUUGGAUGCAUGAUUUUCGAGCUCGUUGCGUCACUAGCGAUCGUUGUUAGGGUUCCUUGGUAUCCAGGAAUGGCCAUCUGUCUGAUUUGCACCAAUCAACUCUUUAUCAACUGUGCAUUGGGAACAUUCCUAUCAUCGAAGAAUGAAAAACUGGUGGAGGAGAUCUACAACGUAAACUGGUACGGACUGACGACGAAGCACCAGAAGACACUUCAGCAAAUAUUGCUCACCUCUCAACAUCCUGUGGUACUCUCCGACGGGUUCUCGCCUAUCGAUUUGUUCAACUUUGUAGAGAUAUACAAAAAGAUUUAUUCUUAUUUAAUGGUUUUACAGAAAGUAUCUUAA